GUGAACUCAAACAUCGAUCAUUCUGAGGUCAGUGGUUGCGAAUUGAACCAUUUCACAAGGACAUACCUAUAAUUUGCCAAUGGAGCCCUCUUUUGCGUUCGGUGAAGUGCUCUUCCUCCACCAACCCUGCGUACCAUCUGCCUCCAUUUAUACCAUCACUCGAAUGAACCAUUAGCCAACCCAACCAUCGAAACAAUGGUGUAUACCGUCACCGUCCUCUAUCCCAACGAAGCCGAUGCAAAGUACGACCUCGAGUACUAUCUUUCGCAUCAUUUGCCUCUUGUCGAUCGACUUUGGAGAAAAUAUGGAUUACAUGGCUGGACUGUCGUGAAGUAUGGUCCGGGUGUCACUGAAGACCGAAUUCCUUACUCCUUCGGAUGUGUGCUCUUCUAUGAGGACGACAAUGCAGCGAAGCAGGCAUUCAAAGGCCCUGAAGCUGCCGAGGUACUGGGCGAUAUCUCAAAGUUCAGUAACAAGCAGCCUUUGUUUUUGUAUGGGAUAUACCUGUACUGA